UUUUUUAAAUCUUUAUUAUUCAACACAAAUAGAACAAAUAUGUAUGAAAGGAACAAUAGUCAUAACAACAACAAUGUGCAUAAUGUUUGAUGUUUUUUGGUCACAAUAAUUUAUUUCGUUGCACUCGUUGUCCAAGCUCUUAUUGUGAAACUUCCAUAUUCCGUUUGUUCAACCCAAACCGGAAGUUUACGUUUCUGCCGCAGUUCUAAGCGGUGGUUCGGACAAAUCUCCUGAUUACAUGGAGUUUGUGUGAUAUUACCUGCUUCAUGCAUCAUUUUAGACAUUUCCAUUCCCAAACCAAACCCCAUUGGACAUAAAAUCCUCGGAGUUCAUCAUCAUGGUCAGCCUGUGCUGUCUCUGCUGCGGUGCGCUCCCAGAACCCCGCCCCCCUCCGCGCGGCCAUCCGAGAGGACAGCGGGACCCCCGCUCCGCACAGCCGCCGCAGCAGCAGCAUCAGCAUCAGCAGCGGCCCACGGCUGGCUCCGAUCCAGACGCUCUGAGGGGGGCGCAGGCUUCAGGAGCAAACGGAAGGAUUUCUGCGGGGAGGAAAGAGCACAAAGAUGCGUGAAGUUUUAGUUCUGCACUGACAUGUGAAGGUGCGGCAUGCUCUCCCCCCAUCAGGACAGUGCAGAGGACACGGGGGCCGGAGGUCCCGCUGAUGCAGAGGAGCAGGAGCAGCAGCAGGAGGAGGAGGAGGAGCGCUCAUCUGCUGACAGAGAUGUUCCUGAGGAACAGCGUCCGGUCAAGCAGUCGCUGGGCGCCUGUGUCUGCCAGGAGUCCCUUUGGCGCUGCCUGCUGCUCUCCAUGCUCAUGUACAGCUGCCUGGGCGCGGUGGCCUGGUGUCAGCUGACUCGGGUCACCAAGAUCAGCUUCAACUCCGCUCUUACCUCCUCCGUCUCGGCCUCCUUCUCCUCCCUGCGGGGGGCGUCUGGGAUGGGCGUCGGGGGACCCUUGAUGAUUUACCACGACAGCCCGUGCUCUGACGGCUACAUCUACAUCCCCCUGGCGUUCCUGCUCAUGCUGUACGUCCUGUACAUGGUGGAGUGCUGGCACUGCAGAGUCAAGAGCGAGCUGCAGUCCAAGGCAGACCUGGACAGCGUGUACGAGCGCGUGCUACGGAUGCGGCAGGCGCAGCCCUGCAUUUGGUGGAAGGCCAUGAGCUACCACUUUGUCCGGCGGACGAGGCAAGUCACGCGAUACCGCAACGGCGACACCUACACCACCACGCAGGCUUACCACGAGCGGGUGAACACGCAUGUAGCUGAGGGGGAGUUCGACUACAGCCACUUCGGAAUGAAGGACGUGUCUCGAGAGCUCAGAGGCUUGGAGGGACACCCGACCACUCGGCUGCAUUUCACCAAAUGCUUCAGCUUCACGGAAACAGAGCCAGAGAACGAUUACCUCAACCAAAGAGCUUGGUUUUUCUCUGAAAUGGAAGGCCUGGAUGACUACAUGGAAGCCCGAGAGGGGAUGCAGCUGAGGAACGUGGACUUCAGAGAGAACCUGAUAGCCUGCGUGGAUCCAGACAGGAUGCCGUGGUACACUUCCCAGGGUGCCUUCUGGCUGGCAGCUCUGCUCACGCUGUCCUGGCCCCUCCGAGUCCUCAUCGAGUACCGCACCGCUCAUGUGCAUUACAGGGUCGAGAAGCUGUUUGGGUUGGAGUACACCCCCAGAAGUCCUUCUCUAAAUGAAGGCGGACCCGUCGGGUAUAACGCAGCUCGUGUCAUUCCUAGAGUUGACACGCUGGACAGCACUGACAUGGAGUGGCACAUUCGGUGCAACCGCCAGCUGAUUCCCAGCUACUCAGAGGCCGUUUUGAUCAACAUGGCCGCAGGGGCGUCGAGCUCGCUGCAAAACCUGUCGUCCUCCAGCUGCCUCCUGCUGGACAGCCGCGCACAGAUCGUCCAAAGCUACGGGGCGCUCCAGAGCCAGGACGACUGCGACCAGUGCGGCGAGCUGAACGGGCGGAGGAGGCCCGUCACCAGCUCCAGCUGCUCCUCCAUAUUCUCCUGCCAAGGCGGGGCUCUGCUCCACUCCCACCUCUCCCCAGACACCUCCCGUUUCUCUCUGUGCCGCAUGCACGGCUCCCAUUGCACCGUGGCCCCGUGGAGGAGCCGCAGCAGCGACCUGUCCGACCCCUGCUGCGCCGACGGGCAGUGCUGCCGCUCCGACUCCGGCCAGCUGGCUCUCCGUGACGGUCCGCCAGCUUACAGAGACGCCCGCUUGUUCCCGGCGCUCAUCGUGCACUGGUCGGAACGAGGCGAGGACAGGAGAGAGGCGAGGCGAUAUUACAUACGGAGAGGGUCAGCAUGUGUGGAAAGAGAUCUGUCAAGACUCUAAACCAACUCAGUUACCAUAACAACAAACGUGUUCAAACAUUGGAACUAUAAAUAACCAAAUUCUGAUGAGUUUUAAUUAACUUUAAUUCUAAAAAGAACAUUUAAAGCAAACCUUUCAAUGUUUAAAGACCCACUCCGAUCCCCUUUUGCUCUACUGUAAAAGCCUUGAGGUCUUUAUAUUAUGACUGUGGCAUUUUUAGCCAAAAUCAAAAAGGGUGAGACCUUUGACACAAAGGAAUCCCGCCCCCUUACCCGUUGCUGAGAACUCUCUGUUUACAUGAUCUCCCGCUAAUUUACAGCUCCUCACACCUUCAACUAAACAUUAGCGGUGCAACAAAAGGGCGAGCAAAAUUUGAGCCGUCUAGUUUUCAGCCAGAUGCCGCUCGGACGGGCAAACAAAGAUCUAGUCAUCUACAAGCCUUGGAACAGAUAUGAUCAAGGAGGGUGUGGCCCGCCCAGCGCCUUUUUUUAGUCACAAAUAAGCUCUUCUUUAAUCAGCAUUUUUUUAUCUGCUCCUGAUUCACAACAAUUUGAAUAAAGAAA